GGUUACGAAAACAGCGUCCAGCUGAGCGUGGGGGCGUGGUGUAUCAUGGGAAAAAGUUUGUAAAUCACUUCUAACCUCCGCUGCUGCAAACUCGUGAUUGGAAGAAGAGACCAGCUGGCCUGGAAAGAGACAGUUAACCUAUUUGCUGGCUAGUGAUGUCUGGAGAGAGGCUACCCAACGACUUCAGCUCGACCCCUCUCAAAGACUUCCAUCCAUCAAAGGACUUUGGCGACGGAAUCCUAUCCGACGAAGAAGACACUUUUUCUCUGCUUUCUCCAAUCUAUCACGACAGCUUCGACAGUGACGAAGAAGAACUGAGAUCCACCCCAGAUCAGCAGACCACUUCCCCCAGAGAGAGGGAUGACUCCAGGCUCAGUAUUUCACCAUUCAGAUGUGAGCUACCAAAAGCGAUUUCGGAGCAGCCUGCAGCUUCACCUACCCUCAGUGCGUGGGAAAUGUGGUUGGUGAAUAAAGCAAAAGAGGAGCGUCUUAAGCAGGAAAAGAAAGUAGAAAAGGAGCACUUACUAAAAGAAAGAAAAGAAAAACAAGAACGAGAGCAGGAACAGAAAAAGCUCAUCAUGGAAAACAAGAUCCAAGAAUGGCUAAAACUUAAAACAGAACAGGAGAGACAUGAGCAACUUCUUAAACAAAGAAAGGAGGAGGAGGAGAUGCAGAGGCAGCAGGAGAGACGGCGGGAGACUGAACAGAAAGCUCAACAAAAGUACAAAGACUGGCUGCAAAGAAAGAACCAAGAAAAAAUAGAAAAGGAAAAGAAGGAGAAAGAGGAAGCCUCCCUGAAGGAGGAGCAGGAGAUGGAGCGGCGUAGGAGGGCUGAAGAGAAGUUUAAGGAAUGGCUGGCAAAGGCGAAUGAAAAAAGCAAAGCUAGUCCCAAAAAGCCCAGCUAUCCAUCAAGUCCCUAUGACAAAUCCUACCCAUCGCCCAGUUUUGUCAAUCCAAUCCCCUGGAAGCCAAUCCAUGUCCCUCCUCCAGAACCAUCCUCCCUCGAGACAUCAAGCAAGAAACCUCUGAAACAGAGAAAAAGUCAACAGAGCCUCAGCAACACGUUUAGGCUGAGAAACACUCAGAGUCCAGCACAUUUGCAGCAGAAGAGAUGACACAGCAGGUUGACGUGUAUGACUGUGAUGCGGCAGCUUAGUUACGGGCUUAACUGUGAUUUCUGCACCACCACAGCUUCUGGGCCAAGACUCUGCUGAGUCACACAAGGAUUUUUGUUCUCUUAAGGUGGUUGUGGUGAAGACGUAUUUGGUUUAUGUUUUUUUUUUUUUAAUUAAUGGAAUUAUUCAAAUUUUGAUAUGAUGUUCGUGUGACUAGAUAUUUAAAAGUCCAGAAAACAAUUUUCUGUAGAUGUACUGCAAUACAUUUUUUUAUUUGGAUAAAUGUGGCACAGUCAAA